AAUAUGUAAUCCCAGGACAACACACACAGGUUUAGCUAAAGUUCAGAAUAUGCAUAUUACAUAAAAUAAUUUUAGUAUAAUUAUUUUACUAAAAGAAAAAAAAUCUUAAGUUUUAAUUUGAUUGAAAUAGAAAGUGUGUUAGAUUUUCACUUUGUCAACAAUAUUGACACCUAAGUAAAUUUCUCAGAUUAGUAUGAAUAAUGUAAGAAAUCAGUCAAAAAUUAAGAAAAAACAACAUUUCGUGAAAAGUUUAGAUGUCUUCAUUUAAAUGUUUCAUAUCAAAAUUGGCACGAGAAAAGAAUUGGAAAUGUUUCAGAAAUUACAGUUCCUGCUUGUAUUCCAGAAUGUUGUUGGCUGGCCUUUAUAGUCCUAUCAAAAUAAAAAAAUAAAAUAAAAAAUAAAGCUGAUUGGCCCAGUUAUUAGUUCCAUUUUUUCAUGGAGGUGUUGGGAAAACAUCAAAUGAACUUGGUUGUAUAAAGAAUGAUUAAAUUUUGAUUUUUUUUUUUAAUUGAAAAAAAUAAAAGCUUUUCUAACAGUUCAGCUCAAUGUGUAAAAUUUCAAAAGGAAAUUUUAUGAAAAGUUGCAUAAAGUUGAUUUUGAGUUACUACAGAAGUACUAAUUAGUUUUCUUUAAUAAAAUUUUGUGGGCACUCCUGAUGUUUUUUUCUGGAAGCACCCCUGUUUGUAGUUGUAAGUAAUAGGUGGUUCUGGAGAGUGGACACAACAAAAACUACAAAUUGAAAUGUGGGCGGAGUUUGACUUUUGGGGGGCGGGGCUGUUGGACGUCCAAACUCUGCCUUCUCCUCUCAGGCUGUUGCCUCCUUAAAUCUCAGGAUUUUGUUGGGACAGAAUUUCCUGCAACAGGCGGGGCCGAACUGUUGUUUGCAACAUGUCGAAAGAGGACCGACAGUUGAGUUUAGUUAGCUACUCACACAUAACUUAACGACUCGGAUAACCGCGUGCUAGACCACAUAUAUCCCCAUUUUUCCCGAAGGCGGUGGUGGAACCGUUGGCAGCCAUCUUUGGACCAGCCUGGGAGUGGGACCUGACUACUGAGACACCCCAGUUACUUUAAGGGUGGAGAUUACAACACUUGGAACUGACUUGUUUGUGUCGAAUAUUUGACUGACAGCGAUAUGAGCUUUGAAGUCAUAUGAAACCACCGUUCCACCGAUGAUCCACAGACGGAGGCUUUUGCGUCGCUAUCGCAGACCCAGAUAGUUCCCGGCGGCGGCACCGCCCCCAACUCCCCAGAAUGCCCAACAGCAGUCGGGCAGGGUGUCUAAAAGACCCCGAAGUUGCGGAACUCUUUUUCAAAGAGGAUCCAGAAAAGCUCUUCACAGAUCUGCAAGAGAUAGGCCAUGGCAGCUUUGGUGCUGUAUAUUUUGCACGGGAUGUGCGGACAAAUGAUGUGGUGGCCAUCAAAAAGAUGUCUUAUCUUGGGAAGCAGUCCACAGAGAAAUGGCAAGACAUAAUUAAGGAGGUGAAAUUCCUGCGGAGGAUACAACACCCAAACAGCAUAGAGUAUAAAGGAUGCUACCUUAGAGAGAACACGGCAUGGGUGGUUAUGGAGUAUUGUUUAGGAUCUGCUUCUGAUUUGUUAGAAGUUCACAAGAAGCCUCUGCAAGAAGUGGAAAUAGCUGCAAUUACCGACGGUGCUCUUCAAGGUUUGACUUAUCUUCACUCCCACAACAUGAUUCACCGCGACAUCAAGGCAGGAAACAUCUUGCUAACACAGCCGGGUCAGGUGAAGUUGGCCGACUUUGGCUCUGCUUCCAUUGCCUGUCCUGCAAAUUCCUUUGUUGGAACUCCUUACUGGAUGGCCCCUGAAGUCAUUUUAGCCAUGGACGAGGGUCAGUAUGAUGGAAAAGUGGACAUUUGGUCUUUGGGAAUCACCUGCAUUGAAUUAGCUGAAAGAAAGCCUCCUUUGUUCAACAUGAAUGCAAUGAGUGCCUUAUAUCAUAUAGCUCAGAAUGAGAGUCCCACACUGCAGUCUACUGAAUGGACGGAUGACUUUAGAAACUUUGUAGAUUCUUGCCUUCAGAAAAUUCCUCAAGACAGGCCAAACUCAGAGGAGCUUCUAAAGCAUGCAUUUGUCCAACGCAAGCGACCAGAAUCUGCCCUGACAGACCUGAUCAAUCGGACCAAGGACGCAGUUCGAGAACUAGACAAUCUGCAGUAUCAUAAACGGAAAAAGAUCUUGUUUCAGGAGGCCCACAACGGGCCCACAACUGAGACGCAAGAUGAAGAGGAGGAGGGAGACCCCAGUUUGUGCAAGACUGGCACAGUAAACAGCGUUGGAAGCAACCAGUCCAUCCCCAGCGUGUCAAUCAGCGCCAGUUCUCAGAGCAGCUCUGUCAACAGUCUGACGGAUGUGUCCGAUGAUAGGAGUGAAGUUGGCAAGGAUGUGAUCUCCAACAAUUCCGUCAUCCAAGUGCCAGAUCAAGAAAAAUGUAACAAACAGGCUGAGCCUCACCAACGACCAGCGGAGCCAAAAAAUCCUUCAACUCAAACCGCACAAAGACCAAAACGAGCCGUUAACCGUGAACACUUCGCUACUAUACGCACGGCUUCAGUGGUCACUCGCCAGAUUAAGGAACAGGAUUCUGAGUUGAGGCAGCAGAUGCUGGGCUACAAGCGCAUGAGGCGGCAGCAUCAGAAGCAGCUGAUGGCUCUGGAGAACAAGCUGAAGGCUGAAAUGGACGAGCACAGACUCCGUCUGGACAAAGAGCUGGAAAACCAAAGGAACAACUUCGCCCAGGAGAUGGACAAGCUGGUCAAGAAGCACCAGACUUCCAUGGAGAAAGAUACUAAAACCUUCUGCAAUGAUGAGAAGAAGUUCCAACAGCACAUCCAGAGUCAGCAAAAGAAGGAGCUUAACAGCUUCCUAGAGUCCCAGAAACGGGAGUACAAGCUUCGCAAGGAGCAACUCAAAGAGGAGCUGAAUGAAAACCAGUCAACACCCAGGAAAAAGAAGCAGGAAUGGCUGUCCAAACAGAAGGAGAAUUUCCAGCUCUACCAGGCAGCAGAGGAGGCAAAUCUACAGCGCAGACAAAGACAUUACCUGGAGCUCGAGUGCCGCCAGUUCAAUAGAAGAAUCUUGAUUGAACGUCACAAUAUUGAAAAAGACUUGCUACAAGAGGAGUUAAACAAGCGUCAGACUCAGAAGGACCUUGAACACGCCAUGCUCCUCCGGCACCACGAGUCCAUGCAGGAGCUGGAGUUUCGCCACCUGAACACCAUCCAGAAAACCCGAAGUGAGCUGACCCGCCUGCAGCAUCAGACGGAGCUGCUCAACCAGCUGGAGUACAACAAGAAGAUGGAGCGGGAACUUAGACGGAAACACGCCAUGGAAGUGCGCCAGCAACCCAAGUGCCUCAAGUCUAAAGAACAGCAGAUCAAGAAGCAAUUUCAAGACACGUGUAAGAUCCAGACCCGGCAGUACAAAGCACUAAGGAACCACCUGCUGGAGACCACACCAAAGUCGGAGCACAAGGCUGUCCUGGAGCGACUGAUGCAGGAGCAGCAGCGCAAACUCGCCAUCUUGGCCGAACAAUAUGACCAGACUAUUUCUGAGAUGUUUUCCACCCAGACGCUUCGUCUGGACGAGACUCAGGAGGCUCAGCGCCAAACCUUAAUAAUGCAAUUACAGAAGGAGCAGGAGCUUCUCAACGCCUACCAGAGCAAGAUCAAGAUGCAGAUAGAGGCUCAUCACGAGCGAGAGAAGCAGCACCUGGAGGACAGGGUGGCUCUGCGACGGGGCCUGCUGGAUCAGAAGAUUAAGGAGGAGAUGCAAGCGUUCCAGAAGGAACAUCAAGAGCGAACCAGAAGACUGCUAGAGCGGCAAGCUCGAGAAGUCGAGGCCUUUGAUUCUGAGAGCAUGCGCUUGGGCUUCAGCAACAUGGUGCUGUCAAACAUCCCCCCAGAGGCUCUUAGCCACAGCUUUCCCGGGGCCUCAGGAGGUUCUACGCAACACCCGCAUCUCCAGUCCUCCAGGAGCUCCGAGGGGCUUCAGCGAAACAGCUGCUUCAGCAUAGGGUCAAACCACCAACGCAGUUUUCACUGCAACUACGAGAGGAUGCUGGAGUAGCAGCAGUUUCCCGAAAGAAAACUUCAGUACAAGAAAUGGGUAUUUCAUGUUCAAGGAGGUUAUUCAAAGUAAUUGACCUGACCAUGACAAGCAGGCUAAUUAACUGAAACCCUACUGAGAAGUGUUGGAGCCUAAAAGAACACUAACAGUAGAAAAGGUGCUCAGUUUAAACUGUUACAGUUUUUUUUUUUUUUUUAAACCUAAAAAAACCAGCAUGACUAAAUCAAACGCACACUUCUCUAUGAUGACAUUGUAGAAACGUAGAACUAAAUCAAUGCACACUAUAGAAAAAGGACAAAUGCACCCAAGGUGGUGGGGUUUGUGGCAAAAGCACUUAUGACUUUUAAAAGCUCCAGCGAUUCUUCUCUAGACCCUUUUUUUAUUUUCUCUGCAAAUUUUUGUCAACUUGAAAUAAUUAAAUCAAAUAACCCUGCCUUUAAAAGAUAAUUUCCCUUUGUGGACAGCAAAUAUACUGUUUUUAAAACUUAAUAUAGUUUCCAAAGGGGAAAAAGGUGCAGCCUUUUCAGAAUAGUUAUUUUUUUAGCAUUAUUACUAAGAGGAAAUUAUGCAAGCUGCAUCUAACUCAUUCAUUUUGAGGAGGAUUUUAGUUCUUUUAUCCUUUUUAUUUGUUGUAAUCACAUGGGAGUAUUUUUGCAGUUGACCAGCUUACAUUUACAGAGUUGGUUCUCCCCAGCUGUGCACCUUUUUUUUUUUUAUAAGCUUCUCAUUCCACUCAUUUUUCAAAUGCUGUCUGUUUCCUAAAGAUGUUCUGGGAUAUUACCUGUUUAUUGGAGGAUAUACAAGUGCUGAUGUGUUUCAUUUAGGUUGGAUUUUUAUUGUAUGUACAGAUGGCACCAUAGCAGUCAACAUGGUCCUUAAUUUUUUUUUUUUUUUUUUUUUGAUACUGCUACUGCUUGUACCAGAAAUGAAAAGUUUAAAGCCGGUUUUAUUCAGGCAAGAUUGUUGGUAAUUUUUUUUUUUCUUUUAUAAAUAUAUUUUUAUAGAGAUAUUAUCGGACUUCUACAAAAAAAGUCAAAAGCCAAGACCAAGUUUUUAUAUCUCAGGCCAAUGAAACCUCUUAUGUGCCGAUAUUCAAGCUUUUUUAUUGACAGUUUUGGUUCACUUUAAUUUUAUGAUUGUAUUAAAUUGCCCAUUGUCUUUGUCUCUAACAUCUUUUAGUUUGUUUUGUUUUUUUACUUGGGUGUCAGAUUCUGUUUUCUACUGACUGAACACAUGUGGAAUACCAAAUGCGAAUUGCCAACGGAAAAAUGUAAAUCUGUAUAGAUAAUCACUUUAUCGUACCAUUGUUGCCAAGCCCAGGCAGCGCUGCAUUUGUCUCGUCUCCCAAGUUUUUACACACGUUUGGACGAAUGACAGGAAAUGUAUGGUUCAAGUCUAGUAGCCAAAGUGAAAAUGCUUGAAAAAAAAAUGGUGUGACAGGCAAAUUAUGAAAAGAUUGCAAUUCUUUGAAAAUGUCAGUAUUCUUUGGCACAUUAUUACCACUACAACACAUAACCUGUAUUAAAAUGUAUAGAUGGUGGAGUUUAUUGAAUGUCAGAGCAAUUGUGAAUAUACUACAUAAAAGAUGGUAAAGUACUAAAAGUGGAUUUUAAUUUUGUAAAAAUUAUAAAUCGAAAAAAAAUAGGAUUGAAUUUAUUAUAUUGUUUUUAUUGUAUGUACCAUUGUGUUGGGAGAGGGGCUUUGAAAGAAUCUGUUGUAAUAAAGAAAUUUAGGAAUAUUUACCCUGUGUAGUUUCUUUGUUCUUCUUAAUUACCUAUGACAAAGUAACCUUUGGAUGAAGGCUGGAUAAAAUAACCUAAGGAUAGGGCAGAAGUAUAAAGUCAGUGGGCGGAACCAAUCACGCCAUGAGGGGAGGUACUUCUUGGCGUACACCAAUGUGAUUUUGUUUUCUUUUUAUUUAUUUGCGGUUUUCCAUUAAGAAAAAAGUUACGUAGCUUCAAGAUCGUUUAAAGCUCCAUAAUGCUGUGUGAAAUCCUUUUAUCAUCGCUUUGGUUCCUGUUUGUUAUCUUCUGGCUUGAGACAAUAAGUGUGUGGCUCUUUCUGUCCACAUUUUAUCAGAACUGGGCCUUGUACCACCAGGGGGAUGGGGUGUUUCUGGAUGAUCUUGGACAGACAACAUAUGCAAUGUUUAACAGAGUUGAAAACCGUGAAGAGCCAGAGAUCCACUCCUGAGUCAAAGAUCAAUCAAGAAAUUCAUUGUUGCAAUGCCCAGUAUGUGACUGUGCAGUUGUGACUAAAAGAAAUACGAUGAAAGACAACUGCUUAUUCUCUUAUUUGUUGUCCGCCGAGGAAUGCACAAAUUCCUUAAGAGGUGCUAUUUGUUUCAAUGUGCAAUUUUCUUCUAAGAUUUAAUGAUUUGUGUUUUGCUUCCACUUUCUUCACAUUUGGAGAAGCAGAACAUUACGCAUAAAUGAUUUGCUUCAAUAUAAAGGGCAGAAUCUAUUAUACCUUUUAUUUCGCUCCAAUUAAAAUCAUUUAGCUUUAGCACAGAUUUUGUGAUUUCUGUAGACGGUCUUUAUGCAAACAGAGCUGUUAAUUUUUACAGUAAUUUGUCAACAUGAAGCCUGUAAGCUAUUUUUCACAAUUCUUUUUUUUUCUUUAUUGUUGAAUCUGAUGUAGCGGUGUGAUAUAUUUGCAAUAUAGAUCAAAAUAAAAUUUAUUUUAUAAUUCAUAUUAAA